AUGAUGAGAGCUAAACUCAUUCCUCUGUUUUUCUUCCUAGCUCUCACUCUCAUCGUUCCCUUCUCCGCAGCAUAUCACGUUGGCGUAAACUACGGCACGGUGGCCAACAACCUCCCACCACCUCACCAAGUCGUCAACUUCAUCAAAACAAAAACAAACAUCAACCACGUCAAAAUCUUCGACACAAAUCCCAACAUCCUCGCCGCUUUUUCCAACAUCACCGGAAUGUCCCUCACAGUCACCGUCCCAAACUCCGACAUCCCUUCCCUCUCCAAGCUUCCAAAAGCACGUUCAUGGCUAUCCGACCACCUCCUCCCUUUCCUCCCGGCAACCUCAAUCCGUUACAUCGCUGUGGGAAACGAAGUCAUCGCCACAUCCGACAAAAAACUCAUCGCUCAUCUCCUUCCGGCCAUGGAGUCGCUUACGUUAGCAUUAAACCUCGCUAACGUCACCGGAAUCUCCGUCUCGACCCCUCACUCACUCGGUGUCCUCUCUGGCUCCUCCGACCCACCUAGCUCCGGAAUGUUCCGUAAAGGCUACGACAAAUCCAUCUUUGCACCAAUCCUUGACUUCCACAACCGCACCAAGUCUCCCUUCAUGGUUAACCCGUACCCGUUUUUCGGUUUUCGACCCGAAACUCUAAACUACGCACUCUUUAACACAAACGACGCCGUUUUCUUCGACCCGGUUACCAAGCUAAAUUACACCAACAUGUUCGACGCUCAGCUUGAUGCGGUUUCCUCUGCGAUGAAACGACUCGGGUACGGUGACGUGGACAUCGUCGUGGCGGAGACCGGUUGGCCUUCGGCUGGUGAACCGAACCAGACCGGCGUUGGUUUAGAUUACGCGGCGGCUUACAAUGGGAACCUUAUAAAGCAUGUGAAUUCCGGUAAGGGAACUCCACUGAUGCCAAACCGGGUUUUCGAGACUUACAUAUUCUCUCUUUUCAACGAGAAUCUCAAACCUUCGGCUUCGGAACAAAACUUCGGUUUGUUUAAACCGGACUUUACCCCGGUUAACGAUGUCGGUAUCAUGAAAACUGAUCAGGUGACGAAACAUCCGUCGUUGGAGAAAUGGUGCGUACAGUGA